AGAACAUGUACCUGCAAAAUCCACUUUUCCCACAAUUUUUACCAUAAUAGUACUAGAUGGCGCAACGGUAACUUUGAUUAAUACUUUCUACUCUAGAUGACGCGGUAUUAAAAACAAACAAUAAAGAAGGUUAGUGUCCAUUCUGUUUUCUGUUUAUAGUGUACAAUAGUUUAAUAGGCGUUACCAUAGAAACAAGCUCUCAAACAUACUGGAUUUUGUUAAUAAUAAUUAAUUACUUUAUGCAUUAGGAUAAGUGAUUUGCACUAAAUACAUCAUGGGUUGCUGCGAUUCGAAAGAAGAACCUCAAGAUCCUGAGGUGAAUUUUGAAGAUGAAAGAAAAUGUACCGAUGUGUUUUGGCUCAUCUUGUACGUGCUAUUCUGGUUUUUAAUGGUAGUAAUAGCAGCAUUCUCUUUCAUGUAUGGCAACCCCCUGAGGAUAAUCAAUGGCUAUGAUUCAUUUGGAAACACCUGUGGUACUAACAGAAAUAGACCUAUGGCCAACAUGAGUCUAUCAGGCAUCAAUACAAUUAAUAAGCCAUACUUGCUCUUUUUUGACAUGAAGGAACUGAAGAGAUCACUCAAAGUAUGUGUGAAAGAAUGUCCAAAGAAAACAAUCAACACCAUGUCAGAAAUUGCUGAUUAUCACAACCAAGGAGUGGAUCUUUGCACUUAUAAUUUUAACUAUAAUGAUCUCAAACGUCCUGCAAAAACGUUGAUGACAGGGUCAUAUGGCCCAUGUCCUGUCUUGCCUAUUUAUGAAAGUUCCCCAGUUUUAAACAGAUGUGUACCGAAAAACGUCAAAGAAGUAACAGAAGCCGUUCUGACAAACUUUUAUGGAUUUUUAAAUAGUUGGGACACUAUAGAGCAAAUUCUCAGUGACUUGUAUAAAACAUGGAGGGAAAUAUUGGGUCUCAUCUGUUUUUCGUUAGUGGUAUCCCUGCUAACAAUAGGCAUAUUGCACUGCUUAGCUCACAUAGUAAGCUAUUUCAUUAUGAUAAGCUUUUCAAUAGCAAGUAUUGGUGGCACCAUAUACCUAUGGUACACUUAUUUUGAUAUAAAAUACCAUCUGGACAAAAUACCGAAGUACAUGUUGUUAUCGGAGUCUGUAAGAAAUGAGAGCGCCUUUUUCUGGUUCGCUAUUGUGGCUACUGUGAUAACGGUGAUAAUCCUGACAAUAAUAAUAUUCAUGCGUAAGCAAGUUGAUUUCCUGGCAAACCUUUUCAAGGAAACAUCCAAGUGCUUAAUGCAUUUGCCAUCGUUAUUUUUCCAGCCAAUACUAACUUUCAUCGCCUUAGCAGUUUUCUUCAUGUUCUGGAUUUUUGUCGUGUUAUGUCUGGCAACAGCUUCAUACCCCGAAAAAUCUGGUGUUAGUCAAUCAGUGGCUUCAACUCAAACCAGUGUCCCAUUUAAUGCAAGCUUGAGAGAGAUAAAUCUGAAUAACGUAGCAGAUCAAAUAAGAAUAACAGUGAUUGAAUACGUGGAUGCCUCAUGGGUAAAAGGCAUGUGGUGGGUGUACUUCAUUGGCCUUAUCUGGACGUCGGAGUUCAUAAUGGCCUGCCAGCAAAUGGUGAUAGCAGGAUCAGUGGCUCAUUGGUUCUAUCGGCACAAGUACAAGGAUGAGGCACAUAUCUGCUAUGCUACUGGAAAGUUGGUGAAGUAUCAUUUGGGAUCGGUUGCAUUGGGUUCACUGCUCAUCACUAUUGUCAAGAUACCUAGGCUUAUCCUCAUGUAUCUGCAUGAAACAUGGAGCAGGGGCAAAGAUAAGGGUAGUGAAUGUGCAAAAUGUGGUUUGAAAUGCUGCAUUUGUUGUUUCUAUUGCCUUGAAAAGUUCAUAAGAUAUUUGAACCACAAUGCCUAUACAGUCAUUGCUAUAGACGGAUCGAACUUUUGUAAAGCUGCAGGAACAGCAUUCGAAGUGCUCGCAUCACACGCCUUGCAAGUAGCAACAAUCAACAGUUUGGGCGAUUUCAUCCUAUUCCUGGGAAAAUGUUUUGUGACUGCCAUCACCGGAUGUGCUGGGUUGGCAAUAUUCAGGAGUAAUCCUGAUCUUACUUUCUAUGCUGCGCCAACGCUGCUAGUUUGCAUUUUUGCUUUCUUUGUGGCACACUGUGUAUUGUCCUUAUAUGAGAUGGUACUCGAUACUGUAUACUUGUGCAUGUGUCAAAGUGGUGGCGAUGCUCCAGAUGGUAUCCAAAUGGCAAAUUUAGGAGUCUCUCCUAUGCCCAAUGGCAACUCUGCUCCUGCCGAGGAGGCAGAACUACAGCAUUUAGAUAAGUAAGAAAAUACCUGAGAAUAGAGAUGUUCACAAGUUUCAUGAUACAUUUGUAACUACAAAAGUAAGCUUCACCUGACAGAUUCAUUAAAAUGCAGAUCACCUCCUGCAAGAGCAAAGUUUCACAGUUAAUAUUUUCCCCCCUUAAGCAGCAAACUUUCUUUCUAUAUUUUCGUGGACAUCUCUUUAAUUACAUAUACACUGUUACAAUAUCUCAUUAUAUACAUUUAUUUGUAAAAACAUCAUGGAGGGAGUCUCAUAUAUUUGGUAAUUCUGUGUAAAGUUGCAUAGAUUAAAAUAAAUAAGAGGAAGCAUAACCUUGCAGCCUGAGAUAUUGCAAUACUGCUAAACUCCAUAUGCAAUGAAAGAUAUAAAAAUAAAUAAUAAAAAUACUAUAUAUAUAAGCUGCUUUGCUCACAAAACAGAAAGUAUGAUGAGCAUUUGCUUAUCAACUUUAAUCUUAAGCCUAGAGCAAUAAGUAAGCUGCUGUAUCUACCAAAUGACCAAGAGAAGUAAUAACUAAGUGGAUUCCUUUUUUCAUCUCAUCAAAUAGAACAAAAAUACACCCACAAUGUUUCUAUUGAUGUGUUUGGUGCUAAAACUACCACAAAAUUAUAUUUUUAUAUCAGAUAAAACAUUUUAAAUAGUCAUUAUUUAUGUAUCCACAAUGUAAGCAUUCUAAAAUUCAAAAUAGUAUGAGCUGUAAACCUGUAAUAACUGCCUGUAUGUCAACCACUAUCUUUUUUAAUUAUUUUACUUGAAAGAACACAAGUUAAUUGUAUGUACUUAAGAAAGAAGUACUGUUGAUGUUAUACUCGUAUAAAUUAGAUUAUUUUGAACCAAAGUUUUCAACUAAGUAUUUGAUAUUGAUGUUUGCACAAUGUACAACUCAAUAAAUUUAAGACUAAUAAGCAUUUACUAAACAAUCAUUUUUUAAGGUAUACUGAUUUAUCAAUGUAAUUUAUUUUAUUUAUGUAUAAAUCUUUAUAUUAGGACUAGGUGUAGUUAUAGUGUUUUAUAUCUUUUUAAUCAUUUUAAAAACUUUAAUUUCACUGUUAUUAAUAUUGUUUCCGAAACAAGUCUUCACUACUACAAUAUAUUUAUGUCUAUUUUUCUAUUUGAAUAAAGUCCUG